AUGUCUGGCCUCUUCCGUUAUCUUGCUACUCAAAAAGUUCGACUUCUUCAAGGAUUAAGCGUGCUAGUUUUCUACUGGAUUUUGGUCUUUGGUACGUUAUUUGUGUUUGGAGCACUUAUAGUUUAUGUGGUAAUUAAUCGUUUGUUUAUUAUUUGGCCGUUCUGUGUCCUUUAUUUGACGUGGGUAUAUUUUAUUGACCUUAAGACCUUUAGCCGUGGAGGUCGAAGAGCGGAGUUCGUUAGAAACAAUCCAUUGUUUGAUUAUAUGAGAGAUUAUUUUCCAAUAAGUUUGAUCAAGACCACACAGCUCGACCCAGCGAGAAACUACAUAUUUUGCUAUCAUCCACAUGGUGCUAUCCCAGAUGGUCUAGCCAUUGGCUUUGGAUCAGAAGCUUUGCAAUUCAGCAAGAAAUUCCCGGGAGUUGUCCCUUACAUUGGAGUGCAUUCAUGUAUGUAUCCAUAUUAGAACAAUAGGAGUAUGUACAUUAGUGCAAAACAACAACAACAACAACUACAAGAGAAUGGGAGUGAUCCCACCUCCUCAUGCCCAGAUCUUACCCUUUCUUACGCUGCUUGGCUGUGGAAGAUCUGGAUAUGAGAUUACCCACCUUAUCAGUUUUAGAUAAAUAUUUUUGACUUGAGCCAAAUUGCAGCCAACAGUUUGACAGUUUCAGAAAAUUGAUAAAUUCCUUCUACUCAUUCCUUCUGCUAGGGGAGAAAGCUUGGAUGCUAUUAGAGUGAGGAAGGUAACCCCUUUAAUAAAUGGGGUCAUUUGGGCAGCACAUGCUUUCUCAUGAAACUUAGCCUGGGUUGAAGAUGUUUGAGGAAUUUGGGCAAACAAGAAUGCAUUUUGCAUGCUCAAUUUUUGCCCCACAUGUACUCCUUCAUGCCCCUCAGUGGCCGCUGGGUUUGACUGUAUUUAGAUUCCCACUAUAGUACCUCAUUGUUAUCAGUUGGUCUGUAGAAGUACGCCUUGGGGUCAAUGAUAUUAAUAGACUGCGAGCAGUCUCUUAUUUUUCUUUGCGAAGUUAGUGCACGUGAAAAACGAGGGUGUAAGCCCGAGAAGAAAAAUUAAGAGACUGCUGACUCCUUUGUUUUGUCGGGGGACAACCAAGCUGUCAACGUAAUUUAAUUAAUCAAUGAAACCUGAGUAACUUGAAAUGAUUUAUAAAUAGAACAAAAACAACUGAAAAAUUUACACUUUCUUUAAAUCCAGCAUGAUUGCCUUGAAUUCGUUUCCCUUGAGGAAAUUUACAGCAGUCUCCUUCUGUAAGAUAUCCUUAAAAGUUUUAUUACUGACAUUACUGCUUGGUUCCCUAUGUUUGCAGUUGGUUGUCAAGUGUGACUAUUUUUAUUGCUUGCAAUCCCACCACAGACCAGUCAGUUAUCUGUCAACAGCUGUGCAAUUGACCAAUCGGUUUCUCCGUUUCUGGGCUGACGGAGGGUUUGUUUACUACAAAAGAGUCAGCAGUCCGUCUUUUCUCAUCUGGUCUCAAUCCCUUAUUGUAAUAAUAAUGUCGUGGUUUGCAAUCGCGCUGGAUGAGACAAGAACUAGAUGGAUUUUAAGAGGAAAGGCGGACUGCAAGCAGUCUAUGAUAUUAACUCGGAGUAAGACAUAGGGGUUGAUUCUCACCUCACCUGCCUUGAGUGCAAGUUAAUAAAAAAAGUUAAUUAAGCACUUAUCUAUUUCUCUGCUCCUGUGGGAGCUGCGGAAUAGAGUUUCUGAGUAUUUUUUACUUCUUUUCCACAGUUAUGGGUUGGUCUCCAAUCUUUCGUGAAAUUGUAAUGGGUCUUGGAGUGGUAAAUGUCAGCCAGGAAAGCUGCAAGUUUGUACUGACUCAGCAGGGUCCUGGACAUUCGGUUGCCAUUGUUGUUGGAGGUGCCUCUGAAGUUCUUAACCUAUUCCCUGGCUCCUAUAUUCUUACUUUAGAAAGACGAAGAGGCUUCAUUAAGCUGGCCUUGGAGACUGGGUAACAUUCCUCUUUCUUUGAAUGUGGUAGGGGAAUGGCGAAUGUAAUGAGAGGAAUAUUUUCCUCAAGGGAGACUCCUGUAUUAGUGGUAGAAAUCGCAGAGUUUGGUCUCACUUAGGCUGUUCUGGAUCAAAAAGCCCCUAUUUUGACCCAUACCAUUGUAACUUAGGGCUUUGUAUAAAGAAUUAUCUACAGAAACCAAACCCGGGCACUGUCAAAGUGUGUUGAAAACAGCAUUUGAUGCUAAAGACCUUUAGCACUUUGAAAAUCACUGUAGCUCUUAUUUGAGUACAGUCUCCUUCAGGAAUCAGAUGGGAUACUAAAAACUGAACAAAUCUGAGCAAUUUUUUCCAUGGUACUUUUUAACAUCGCAGAGAACAUGACUUUAUUCUGUUGUUUAUCGUCAGACGUAUCAGAAAAUGCCUCAAUCCUUUAAUACCCUGUUUGUUCUUUGAACUGGUGAUAACUAAGAAACUGUUUCUUUGCUAUACUUCAAGGUCUUCCUUGGUUCCAGUAUUUGGAUUUGGGCAAAACGACGUGUUUAAUAAACAGCCGAAAAUCGACUACCUGUUAAGAUACAAACCUGGACGCAGCAAGUGGGAGAAGUGGUCAAAGGUUUUCUUGAAAGGUGUCAUGCAGGUCAUGUUUGCGCGUUUUGGGGUCAUGCCCUAUCCACAUCCUAUUACUGUUGUUGGUAAGUUCCAAAUAAUACUAUAAAAAGUUAGAACAUUGCACCACAUUUACGAAGGCCUGUUCUAGGCGUUCAGAUAGUAGAGAUGACACAAAGGAAGAAGAAAGAAAAAAUGGCGAGGGGUUGCACUCCACUAUCCGCAAAUGGUACGAUAAUCACUCGGUCAUUUUCCCGCCAUUGUUUGCGUUAGUAUUCUAUUCACAUACAUUCAUAUUCAUGCUCAGUUCUAAUAAGGUAUGGGAAAAAAGAUUGAUCAGCGGACUAAGCCAAGCUGGAACAGCUUGGCUUAGGAAGAGUUCAAGAUACGACUCACGCGAUUUUUGGGCGGGACUGGGUGGGCCGUCCACCUCUUCGCGGCUCCGCUGAAAAACUGAGCAAGAAUGGUCUAUUUUCGCGCCAAACCAGAAUUUAUUAUCGGUAAUUACGUAAUCGCACGUGAGACCGCUAGACUAGCCAUGAAAGAACCCAUUAUUGAAUUAUUUUAACCUCGCAUAUCAUUAUGAGUGUUGUGAAUAGUAUUCUAUUCACAUACAUUCAUAUUCAUGCUCAGUUCUAAUAAGGUAUGGGAAAAAAGAUUGAUCAGCGCCCAACAGCCCUCACUGUUCCUUAAAUAGUCUUAGAUAAUUGCACUCCGACUCUCAAAUCCUCUUACAACUUCCCAAUCCUCAAUCCUCCAACCCCUCUCAUAACUUUAAUCCCCAAGUACAGUAAGACACAGCUAUACGUUUACAAUUAUAAUCAAACUAAACUGGUAUGAGUUUCCAUAACAACAUCUCUUCAUUAAAGAAACGAUAGUACAAAGGUUAUAAUCCAUUCCAAAAACACCCUAGCCAAACAAAGUAUCCUCAUUCUGCUGGGCGUUUCCUCUGCUCAGCAGCUGGAAAAGCACACACAAAACGUUUCAGCUGAUUCACAUCCUGCCAUGGAGCCACCACAUUCUCAGCAGAAGGCGUAGCAAGUCGUCCCGACGGGCCAUCAUGUUUCAGAACCUUGGCCAGCUGAAGGUAAUAUAAGGCGGUAUGCCUCCUAGCCCAACCCACGUGUUCCAUAAUCUCAGACAGAUCCGCUCCUGUGAGGGCCAACGUUAUCGCACAACCCGAACGAAAGCCAUGCAAUGUCUCACCAUCAUCAGCUUUCAUCUGCUUGAGAUACACUUUAAGACGCGCAUCUGCUGCUGAAGAACUAAAUGGAGAAUCUUGGACACCAUUAUUAGAAGUUGUCGGACGAAACAAAUAUCCCUUUGUUAAAUCAACGCCUAACUCCCUUGCCACUUCGACAUAUUGCUCAACGCCCUUCACAGGACAGAUGACCGACUGGGGAUUUCUGCGAACACCAAAGACAUUACUGUCACCAUCCCGCAAAGUCUUACCCCAGAUAUGAUUAAAUAAGAACCCAUCAUCAUUUGGAAAACGAAGGAUCUCCGGAACUUUUACCUGACCAAGAUCUCCUGGGCGGUCCCCACUAAAGAACGCCAACUUAAAAUAAGCUUGGUCACGUGCGAUAAUGAAACGGUCAAGUUUCGACUUUGAUCUCGCUAGCUCGCCUUCAAGAUACUUCGAUAACUGAGUCAAUUUGUCCACAAAGAAUGGCGUGGCUUGUUUUGGAGUAACACGGGCCUGUAACUGCUCCGCUGUGACAAGACGAAGGUAAUCUUUAACCAAUUUAUCAGAGGCUGGGUUACCAAGACCUAGCCGCUUGUCCCACUCUCCGUCCCGACCAAUGGAAUGGAAAAUCGAUCUUAACUUUCCUAUGUAAGAGUCCACAGUCUUGUACGACAAUCUCAAGGGGCAGCCACAUGACUGUUUACCAUGCUGACCCAAAAAUUCACACGUAUUGAGGUGUACCUGUGUUUUGCCACGCUUGUCUUUAAAGAUCAGGAAGCGACACAAGUCCCUAGGCGUCACUGUCGCGAGAGUAACAAAACCCGGCAGAGCACCAAGAAAAGCCUCAAGUUCCCUCUGAAGAGAAUCCUUCUGCUUUUUAUAACUGGUUGCCUGAUCGUAGUGAAGUAACUGCUGCAACCGCACUUCAAUUCCAUCAAGGUCAACGAUAACAUCAGAGUGUUCCUUGCCAAGCGUUGUCAUAACCUUUCGCUUGUAGCCACAACGUUGACAAAAACGGAAGUCAAAAUCAUUAGCGUGUCCACAGGUUGGGCAUUUAACCGACUGGACAAACAGCUUUGCCAUGACUGGAAGCUCCUACAAACCAGAAAAGAAGAACCCUAUCAUACACCACAAACCAGUAGCACAACAGGUCAAAAUGUAUGCCAAGACACACCUAAAAACACACUGCAAAAACCCAGAGAUCUCCAGGAAUGCCCUUGUGAGGCAGCCACCCCUUUUUGGACGGGACCAAGAGAGCGUUGCCAUCGCCACGAACAGCCAGACAUCUACUCUUUACAGCUUUAUUCAUAAGGAGAGGCCACCAGUACUUCUUAGGAAACACGUCCAGCACCACUACUGUGCACGACUGUUUAAAACUCUGCAGAAAUUUUAAGACAGGUCCCGUUAAGGCCAUGGGAGGAAAAACAUACGGUCUGGCCAUAAGCGCUCCGAGGGAAGCAAGGUCCUGUGUGAAGAGAUUUACACCAGACGAUCCGGGAGAGGGAAUCGGCGUAAAAUGAGGGAGAGAAUACCCGUGCGCAUCCGUCAUACUAUUCGAAUCCAAGGCCAUAAGGUCGCAAGUAUGGCCUUCCCUACCACCAAACUCCUUCUGAACAAUCUGCCACAAGCCAUCCGACAAUUUACUAUCUGAGUGGGACAGGCGCCUUGAUGGAGCAUCAGCAGGAUUCUGACCAGUCGGAAUGUAAGACAUGUGCAGAGAUAAGCUAAGCUUCGACGUUGUGAAGAAAAGCCGUUUCAAUGCCAUAUUAAGCUCCAAGCUUCUACCACCCUGGUUGUUCCAAGCCUCGACAACGGCCUUAUUGUCAACAAAAGCAUCAACUCUAGCAUUGAACAGUUUGUCUUUAAAAGCCAUUAACGCCAUGUCGACCGCAAUAGCUUCCUUCGCGGCGAUCCCCCAUUUGCACUGCUCUUCCGUCCAAUAAUCUGAUAUUUCCUCACGAUGAGGGGCUAACAAAAUAGCACCCCAGCCUGAUGCGGAAGCAUCAGUUGCAACGGACACACGAAUAUGACGCUCAUCCCGCCAUGUUACCGGAUCAUCCCAACCCUCCAAAAACAGCCAAUGGGAGAUCUCCUCACGCAGAUCCCCCCUGAUGGGUAUUAGCCUGUGGGGAGUACGUUGGCCACCGGCAAUAGCUGCAUUCAUCUGCUUCGUAAACAACUGGGCUGCAGGUACUGCUAGACUAAAAGAGACACAUUUCCCAACCAGGCGUUGCAAGGUUUUCACCGUAACCUUAGAGGCAUGGAGUAUUUCACGGACAAGUUGCAAGAAUUUCUCCUUCUUUUCCGGCUUUAAGCAGAACACCUCCCUAGAAGAAUCCGCUAAAAAACCAAGGUAGGGAACCACUUUACUUGGGAACAAUAUUGACUUUUGCAAACCAAGGAAAUAGCCCAAGCUGACAAGAUGGUAAGCAACAAGAAAUAUAGCCGACCUAGCCGCCGCAAGAUGACGAUCAUCAACAGUGUUAAUAGUAGCGUAUUCCCCCUUAUCGAGUGCCACCUGCAGUUCGCCAUUGUGUCGAUCAUCGAUGUAGAGCAAACAAGGGAUUCCUAUAGCUCUAAGGAAAUUACUAGCCAACAGGCCAGUAGUAUGAUAUACAAACGGGGAGAUCUUCCACCCAAAAGGAAGGGUAUUAUACGUGAAAUACCACCCUCCCCAUUGGAUCCCAAAAUACGUGCGGCUGUCUUCAGAAAGAAGAAUAUGGUCAUAGCCAGACUUAUCGUCUAGGACCGUUUGGUAGGUAUCCUUGCCCACGUAACGCGGUAAAUCUAUCAGCCUGUCUAAAGAGAAAGGCAUAUCACGCAUCCAUAAAUUAAGAUAGCGCGCAUCGUGACAUAACCUUGGCUUUGUUGGCUCAACUGUAAGGGGAAGAACAAUAAAUGGAGGGUCAACCACACCCACUCUCCCCAACAGCGAAAUAGCUCCAGAUCUCAAGCGCGCAACUAACGUUUCCUCCACAAAUGACACAAAAGGCUUGCAAGAGACAUUGUUCUUAAACACCUUCAUCGGAGGCUCGUCUGAAUCGAACAAUUCUCCUUUAAAACUUCCUUUAAAAUGCUUGAAAAACGGCUUAAUCGAGACCUUGUCCCUUAUCCACCCAAGAAUCUGUGCCUGUUGGGGUGACGAGCUAUCUCGCGCAAUGUACUGCCAAUACUCGAAAUGGUUAUGCAAUUCUCCAGCUCGAAAACAAUGUGGGUCACGGAACAAUAACUCCGAAAUAUCACCAAUUAACUCUCCCCUCUGUAUCCUCUGUAAUCUAACACGGUCACAGGCUGUCACUUCUCCACUGACCUCGACGGGGUUACCGAAACAAUCGACCCAGGACAUUGGAAGCUCAAUUUCUUUGCCUCGUAACUCCUGAAGUCGAAGAUCAAAGGAGUCAGAUUUUUCCCAACACCACAUGUUUCCCUAGGAAAAAGGGGUAGUGAAGACACCUUUAAACACUGAAUCGCCGAAAAAUCUAAGACCAUAUUAAAAUCAUCCCCGUCAAAGUCAGCAGAGAAAUAACAGCUAAGACCAGCGAGGCUGGAGGGCCCUUGUCUCAAGGAUACCCCUUUUUCAAAGUCGUUAUAACUAUGCUGACAAAAUAGACAGAGUAAAAUAUGCACUAGAUUGAUUCAAUACACACAAAAGUUUGUUUAUUAUCGCAAAGAAUUAAGCAAUAUUACAACACACAGCCUUGUCCAGGCGGCCUUCAACCUAUAACACCGGUGCGAACUAACGAGAUCUAAACACAAGCUACUUGUCUGAUUUGGGAUCCGUUUUCCUCUGCUUGGACUUCAAAUCAGGACAAUCAGCUUUGAUAUGACCUCGCCUAUGACAAAAAUAACAUCGCAAAGAAAAUAGACGAGACGGACGUGCCACACCAGAACCCCUGUUGUCGUUCGCUUGAGGCUUCUUGCGAUUUGACUUCUUUUCUACUUUAGAAACGAUAUCCAGGACCCUCUCGUGGUCCUUGUCUCCUAAUAGGCGCAUAACAAGGUCCUUGAAGUGGUCCUUCGACAACUCCACCUUUUCCCUCGCCGACUGAUGAACGAGCCGAUAGUAGUUCUUCCUGUCAUGAUUACGGUCAGCGGCCUUGUUAUGCAGAGUCUCCAGCAUCUCAAGCACCUCAUACUUGUUAAACUCUGUCAACGGGCGGGAAGCAUAAGCCAAGAUCUGUUCCACGAGCUUCUCAGGCGACGCGUUGGUUACUGCCUCCACUGACUGCUUUAACUGUCUCACCUCCUCACGCAAUCUCUGCAAAGGAACAAAGAGACUCUUAAUCACCGCCCACCUCAAUGUGCGAAGCACUCAGUGUUAUGCAUAAAAAACCUCAUUACAGGCCUCGUGAAAAAACAAAAACAUCACGUAACUUCUCGCGUUACCAUGUAUAAACAUCCUUCGGCAGGCACAGCCAAAGGAGAAAAUACAAGUAAGACGACCUAGCAACGUUCAACAAUUAACGAUGACCCAUUAUCAUAACUCAUAACAAACAUCCAAAGGCCACAUCAGCCGAAGGAAAAGACAAAACACAAAUGACACCUCGCUGUCACCAUUCGUAACCAUCCCACGACCGCAAAAAGGCUGAAGGAAAUACAAAUAAGCGAAUUCACGGCGUCUCUCUAGCCAAAAGCUAGAUGUCACCGCCGAACAAAACGGCCACGUCGCUUGUACAAUAAGCGAGUCCACAGCGUUCCUCUAGCUAAAAGCUAAACGCCCAACGCUGGUCCGUCAACCAACCACCGCCGAACAAAUCGGCCACCUCGCCUGUACGGUUUGUAACCAUCCAACGACCACAAAGGCCGAAGAAAAUACAAACAAGCGAGUCCACGGCGUUCCUCUAGCCAAGAGCCAGGCGCCGACCGCUAAUCCGUCAACUAGCCACCGCCGAACAAAUCGGCCACCUCGCUCGUACGGUUUUGUAACCAUCCAACGACCACAAAGGCCGAAAGAAAUACAAAAUAAGCGAAUCCACGGCGUUCCUCCAGCCACAAGCCAGACGCCGAACGCUAGUUCGUUAACUAGCCACGCGGAAUAACCCGACAAUCUUCCGAAAAGAUUUCGAUAACAGGCCGCGAUCGGGCCAAAAGCUCUCCGUUAUUCUCUCCACCAUGCUGUGUGAAGAACCUGAAAGAUACGACAGACAAGAGAAAUAUGCCACGAAAGAAUUCAUAACAACUAAAAGAGAACUACCUCCAGUUCCUGAGGCUGAGCGACAUUAACAUUCUGGUUGCCAUCCGGUGGAUUCACAACCGGCGGAUUCACCACUAGCGGGUUCACGACCGGUGGAUUCACGACUGGCUCUACAGGAUCGACAAGUAACUGAACGUUCGGCUCCGGAGGUUGACCCUCAGCCAUCAGGAAAUCGUCAAGAAAAUCGCGUGGGUCGUAUCUUCCAAAAGAAAAGAGACCACCUCUUCGCGGCUCCGCUGAAAAACUGAGCAAGAAUGGUCUAUUUUCGCGCCAAACCAGAAUUUAUUAUCGGUAAUUACGUAAUCGCACGUGAGACCGCUAGACUAGCCAUGAAAGAACCCAUUAUUGAAUUAUUUUAACCUCGCAUAUCAUUAUGAGUGUUGUGAAUAGUUUGUCGCUUUCAACGUGAAGAAGUUACUUUUGGCGUCCGUGAGAAACGUGAGUAAAACUGAUGUUUUUUUAUCAUUGUUAGAAACAACAGGGAUCGUAUCUUAAAACAUCAGUUUUCACAUCACGUUUUAUAGUGGAAGUCACACUUCUCUAUCAUCAUUUGACAAAACCAAAUUUUAAAGAAACGAAACUGGUUUUAUUGACCGCCGGAGUGUCUUGCGUAAACGGGUUACACCUUGUUUUAUAUUAACACCUUCACCGGCACAUUUGCUCGUCUGUAGUGAUGGGCUUUACCCCGUGUAGAUUAUAUAAUUAGAGUAAUCUUAACUGUAACCUGUUUUUCUUGACUUCCUUUUCAGUUGGAUCUCCUAUCCCAGUGGAGAAAGUGGAAAAUCCAAGCGAGCAACGAAUAAAUAAACUGCACUCGGAGUACAAAGAGAAACUUAAGGAGCUGUUUGAACAACAUAGGGACGCAUGCGGUGUACCAAGAGAAACUGAGCUUGUUAUUCAAUAG